CGCCACUUUGCUAUGAAAGAUCUAGGGGAUCUACAUUUUUUCCUGGGUGUCCACGCGGUCCGUCUGUCUCAAGGGUUAUUUCUCUCACAAAAGAAAUAUGUGUCCGAUUUAUUAGCCAGGUUUCAUCUUCAUACUCUUAAACCAGUUCGUACCCCUCUUCCUUCUAGGACGAAACUAUCUCUCACUGAUGGUGACCUUCUGGCGGAUCCUACUGAGUACAGGAGUAUGGUAGGUGCUUUACAGUAUUUGACUAUGACUAGACCUGAUAUUACAUUUGCUGUUCACCUGGUUUCCCAGUUUAUGUAUGCCCCCCGUACUUCACAUAUGUUGG